CAGCAGCAGCAGUCACCUUAUCAGAGGUUCCCACCUCCUCCACAGGAACUCUCCCAGGAUUCCUUCAGCUCACAGUCCAGCGCUCCUCCAUCUAACCAGCCAAACAAGAGCAGUCAAGAAGACAGCAUGCAGGCGCGGCCAUCCAGUCUGCCGGAUUUAUCCGGCUCCAUCGACGACCUUCCCACUGGUACAGAAGGCGCUUUGAGCCCGGGUGUCAGCACCUCGGGCGUGUCCAGCAGCCAGGGCGAGCAGAGCAACCCGGCCCAGUCACCCUUCUCCCCGCACACUUCGCCUCACCUUCCGGGCAUACGUGGACCCUCGCCGUCACCUGUGGGUUCCCCAGCUAGCGUCACCCCUUCUCGCACCGGCCCCCUGUCCCCCGCUGCUGUGCCAGGUAAUCAGAUGCCUCCUCGGCCGCCCAGCGUCCAGUCAGACAGCAUCAUGCACUCAUCCAUGAGCCAGGACAGAGUGUACAUGCGCAAUCCUCAGAUGCCUCCUUACGGGUCCCCUGGACAGCCUGGCUCGGCCUUAUCUCCACGCCAGUCUUCAGGAGUCCAGAUCCAUGGUGGGAUGGGCCCUUAUCCUCAGAACAAUACCAUGGGAAACUACGUCCCUCAGGGGGGCCAGUACGGCCCGCCAGGUUAUCCCAGGCAGCCCGGCUACACAGGGAUGCCCAACGCCAAUUACCCCAGUGGCCCCGGCAUGGGUGGCUCCAUGAACCCCAUUCCCGGUCAGGGCAGCGGGGCUCCGUAUGGAAGCAUGCCACCGGGCAGGAUAGGUCCUGGGCAGAUGGGCACUCGGCCUUACGGUCCUGCCAUGGCCUCCAAUAUGGGCGGCAUGCCUCCUCAGGUGGGGUCCGGCAUGUGUCCCCCUCCGGUCAUGACGAGGAAGGAUGGUGGUCCUUCCAUGCACCACGGACCAACAAACUCUAUACACAACAGGCCACCCAGCUAUCCUAACAUGUCCCAGGGCAUGAUGGGAGCAGGCUCUCCGUAUGGCCCAGGCAUGAACAGCAUGCACAGUAUGAUAAACCAAGGUGGGCCAGGGCCGUAUCCAAUGGCAGGAGCAAACAUAGCCAACAAUAGCCCUGGAAUGGCUCCAAGUUCAGAGUUUGGCAUGGACAAAAUGAAUCCUGCUCCGAAGAUGAACAACAAAGUGGACGGGACUCCCAAGCCAGAAUCCAAGAAGAAGUCGAGCUCUUCCACCAUCACCAAUGAGAAAAUAACCCGUCUGUACGAGCUUGGCCCGGAGCCAGAGAGGAAAAUUUGGGUGGACCGAUACUUGGCCUUUGCUGAGGAGAAAGCCAUGGGCAUGAACAAUCUUCCCGCUGUGGGCCGUAAGCCCCUCGAUCUCUUCAGGCUCUACAUAUCCGUCAAAGAGAUCGGCGGCCUCACCCAGGUGAACAAGAACAAGAAGUGGAGGGAGCUGGCUACCAACCUGAACGUGGGCACGUCGAGCAGCGCAGCCAGCUCGCUCAAAAAACAGUACAUCCAGUGUUUGUACGCCUUUGAGUGCAAAAUGGAGCGCGGCGAGGACCCUCCCCCAGACUUCUUCAACACGGACACCAAAAAGAACCAGCCCAAAAUCCAGCCUCCCAGCCCAGCUGGUUCUGGAUCCCUGCAAGGACCCCAAACCCCUCAGUCCACCACUAGUUCAAUGGCAGAGGGGGGAGACCUGAAGCCCCCCACACCAGCCUCCACCCCACACACGCAAAUGCCCCCAAUGCCUGGCGUAAGGAGUAGUGUUAAUCUACAGGAUCCCUUUGCUGAUGGCGGAGACCCGGCGUUUCCCAGGAGGAACGCCAUGACUCCCAACUCUCAGGGCUAUCAGCCUGGGAUAGGCACCCCAGAGAUGAUGGGUCGGAUGGGUCCCUACGAGUCCAACAAGGACCCUUUUGGAGGCAUGAGGAAAGCAGGGGAACAGUUCAUGCCACCCGGCCCCAACAGUGGAAUGGGGGAACAGUAUAACAGAGGUCCACCAGGCCCAAUGGCCAACAUGCCAAUGAGCCAGAGGCAACAGUACCCGUAUGGAUAUGAACGAAGACAAGAGCCAGGCAUAGGCCCUGAUGUCAACAUGGGACCGGGAGCUCCUCAGCCCAACAUGAUGCCUUCUGGAGCUGACACAGGGAUGUACUCGCCUAGCCGUCCUCCGCCACAGCAACGGCAUGAGUCCUAUACAAAUCAGUUCCCUGGCCAAGGAGCUCCCCCUGGUGGGCCUUACCCAAAUCAGCAGCCAGGAAUGUAUCCACAGCAGCAGCCAAACUACAAACGUCCUGUGGAUGGUGGGUAUUGUCCUCCUGCCAAGCGCCAUGAGGGAGAAAUGUACAACGUUCCUUACAGUGGGCAGCAACAGCCAGGACCCCAGUCCUCGGGGCCCCAGGGCCAGCAGGACAUGUAUAAUCAGUAUAAUGCAUACCCUGGAGGGGAGCGCCGACCGCCAGGCCCACAGAACCAGUUCCCCUUCCCCUUCGGACGGGAUCGAGGGCCGUCAUCUGCAGGCCCCAAUUCCCAGUCUCCGAUGCCUCCCCAAAUGAUGGCAAGUCCCAUGCCUUCAGGCCCCGAUGGUUCCCAGGGCCCAAUGUGGCAGGGCCGCAAUGAGAUGGGCUACCCCAACUAUCCCAACCGACAGGGACCCCCUGUGUCGGGCCAGGGUCCCGGCUACCACGGCAUGAACCGCUCAGAAGAUAUGAUGCCAUCAGAUCAGCGCAUGAACCACGAGGGACAGUGGCCUGGCCAUGCCAACCAGCGACAGCCUCCGUUUGUCCCCGCAGGCUCCGGACCACCCAUGACCAGAUCCCUGCCCUCCACCUACUCGGCUUCCCAAAACCACAUUCCUCAGGUGUCGAGCCCAGCAUCCAUGCCCCGAUCCAUGGAAAGCAGAACGUCGCCCAGCAAAUCCCCCUAUAUGCAUCCUGGAAUUAAGGUGCAGAAAGCUGGACCUCCAGUUCCCGCGUCCCACAUUGGCCAGGCUCCCGUGCAGCAACCCAUGAUCCGGCGAGAUGUGGCCUUCCCUCCUGGCUCUGUGGAAGCUACCCAACCCCACCUGAAACCCCGCAGGCGGCUCACCAUGAAAGACAUUGGCACUCCUGAGGCUUGGAGGGUAAUGAUGUCAUUAAAGUCUGGCUUAUUAGCUGAGAGCACCUGGGCCUUGGACACCAUUAACAUUCUGCUGUAUGAUGACAAUAGCAUUUCUACUUUUAACCUUUGCCAGCUACCUGGAUUUCUGGAGCUGGUAGUGGAGUACUUCAGACGCUGUCUCAUUGAGAUCUUUGGCAUCCUUAAGGAGUAUGAAGUAGGAGACCCUGGCCAGCGCACCCUAAUAGACCCCAAUGCAGCUGAGGACUCUGAUGAUGAAAUUCCCAUGCCUGAGGGCGAGGACGUGAACUCGGACGAGGAGGACGAAGAGGAUGAGGAGGUAGAGGAAACAAAGACCAAUCCUGACACUUCUUCACUGGUCCAGAUAAAGGAGGAGGAGGAGGAAGAGGAGAACUCCCACAAAGAUAAGUCUUCAGAGGAUGAGGAAGAUGAGAAGGAAAGGGAGUCUUCUAUCAAGGAAGCCAAUACCUCUACCUCAGGGUUCUCCCACGACCCCAGUAUACACUCGGAAAAGCCCAAACAGGCUAGCAAGUUUGAUAAACUCCCCAUCAAGGUGGUGCGGAAGAAGAAUCCCUUCCGGCUAAACCGCUUGUCCAAGCUUGGGCAGCGGCAGAGCUUUGACAGCGGCCUGAUACACUGGAGCGUGGGUGGUGGUGACACUACUGAGCACAUCCAGACCCACUUUGAGAGCCGGAUGGAGCUUCUCAAGCAGCGAAAACAAACAACAGCAGCCGCUGACAACCGCAAGAAGGUCAAGGUGAAUGGGACAGCGGCAGCAGCAGAAAACCCAGAGAAGCCUAAAUCCAGUGGUGACGAUAAGGUUCGGCAGCAGCAGCCCCAGUUUUCUGAACCUCACAAGUCUCCAACAAAGACUACCACGCCUCCUCUUCCCAUUGGCGCACCAGUCACUGCCACCAUUGACGAUGUACUAUCCGCUCGCCCGGGGUCGGUCACGGAGGAAGUAGUUCGUGGAGGUGCCGAGGAGCAGAAGGAGAACGGCAAGUAUUUGUUCAGCAUCAACCCCGAUCUCCAGAGCCGCCGCAACAUCAAGAUCCUGGAGGAUGAACCUCACAGCAAGGAUGAAACGCCACUUAGCACUCUAUCAGACUGGCAGGACUCGCUAGCUCGGCGCUGCAUCUGCGUCUCCAACAUUGUGAGGAGCCUCUCCUUCGUUCCUGGCAAUGAUCUGGAGCUGUCCAAACACCCUGGCCUCCUGUUGCUGUUGGGCCGCCUGGUGCUGCUCCACCACAGGCACCCUGAACGCAAACAGGCGCCUGUUACCUACGAGAAGGACGAGGAAGACGAAGGCGUGAGCUGCGAGAGAGACGAGUGGUGGUGGGACUGCCUUGAGGUGUUAAGGGAGAACUGCCUGGUCACUCUGGCAAACAUCUCCGGCCAGCUGGACCUUUCUAUCUACCCAGAGAGCAUAUGCCUGCCUCUCCUUGAUGGCCUGCUCCACUGGGCUGUGUGCCCUUCAGCAGAGGCCUUGGAUCCCUUUCCCACGCUGGGGCCCCACGGCUCCCUUUCACCCCAGAGACUGGUCCUCGAGACCCUCAGCAAGCUCAGCAUCCAGGACAACAACGUCGACCUCAUUCUGGCCACUCCGCCAUUCAGCCGCUUGGAGAAGCUCUACGGCUCGCUCGUGCGACUCGUCGGCGAGCGCAAGGUGGCCGUCUGCCGUGAAAUGGCAGUGAUCCUGCUAGCUAACCUAGCCCAGGGUGACAGCCUUGCAGCGCGAGCGAUCGCUGUGCAGAAAGGCAGCGUGGGCAACCUACUGGGCUUCCUGGAGGACAGCCUAGCAGCUACGCAGUACCAGCAGAGCCAGAGCUCCCUGCUACAAAUGCAGGGUGGACCCCAGUUUGAGCCUACUAGUGUGGACAUGAUGCGGCGGGCAGCGCGGGCUUUGCACGCCCUGGCUAAGGUGGAAGAAAACCACUCUGAAUUCACUUUGUACGAGUCGCGGCUACUGGACAUCUCGAUGUCCCCACUUAUGAACUCUCUGGUGUCCCAAGUAAUCUGUGAUGUACUGUUUCUGAUCGGCCAGUCAUGACAGCCGUGGAGAGGUUUCAGCUCUGCCUCUUUCUAUUCCCCCUAAACCACCUUUUUGUGUGUGCGCGUGCGUGCGUGUCUGUUAGUUGCGCGUGAGUGACAAAAGCAAAACUUUUUUUUUUUUAGUUUUUGGUUUUUUUUUUUAAUUUAUGCAAAAUCAACUCGGAUUCCACUGUCUUUCUUACCCCUGCUUCUCUCUAUAAGGAAGGAAUAUCAUGAAGUAGCUGUUGAUUUCAAACAUCUGAAACUGAAAGAAACUGGCAAAGAAGAACAGACUGGGACCCAGGCAUAGGACAGAGUGUGCUGCUGCCCUGUAGAAAGGACUUUUUGUUUUUUUGUUUUUUUGUUUUUUAUUGGAAAAAAAAUCUCCAGAAAGAGAAAAAAAAAAAGAAAAAACUGUAACCAAAGUUGCUGUCUCGUUUACAGUGAGUUUGGGGGAUACACGUGUUCGCUUUCUCCCUCGGGGGAGGUGGGUCGUCAGGGGAAAGAGGGCACAGACUAAACAAUAUUAUGGUUCAUGUUUGGAGGCUACAUAGACUCAUGGACUGUGGUGUGGUAUAAUUGCUGUAACUUUGGAUGCUAUAUACUCAGCCCCACAGGAACCACAUUAUUGGCUGUGAACAGAUGUCUGUCAUGGGAGGCCUGUGCAGUAGAUUGUAGGACUUUUUUCUGUACUGUACACCUUAAAAACUGUAAACAUACUGUAAUAAUACUGUUUCACACUGAGAUCCGCUGGCUUGGCAGCAAACUGUAGUUUUUAAAACCAGUUUUAGUUAAAUGUCGAGAGAGAAAAACGGCUUUCCCCCCAAAGUACGGUGAACCUACAACACCCCGACCUCUUCUCUUUGUCCCUUGAUUGUAUGACUUGACCCUUAUAUUCAAAAGUCACCUCUUUAGGACUGGUCCUCAACUCUAGAUGCAGUCCAAGCUGCAGUGUAUAUAUGAUGUUGUACAUUACACUUUCUCUUUCUCGACUUCUGUUGCUCUUCACCGUUUUUAAUCUUUGACGAGUUUCCCUGCAUCGAGAACGCCAUGUGAUUACUUGACGCCCGCCCUCUCCGUUACUUCAGCGCCUCACCCCGCUCGUAUCACGCUGUGUGAGCGUGGGGACGGGGGUCGUUAAGCUGCUGUCAGAUCCAGCGCCACCCCCUCCUCUCAGUAAACACAACUUCAACUUUCUGUUCGUCUGGGUGUAGAGAAUAUUAACACAAAUCGGUUCCAUUCGAGCUCCUUCAUAAACGACAAACUAGACCUUGAUGAAGAAACUGUUUUUAUUUUAUUUUUUUUUUCAGUGAUGCGGAUUCUGCAUAUUUGUAUUUCAGAUGAUGUAGCUAAAAACUUGAUGUAAAUUCCUCUUUUUUCCUUUUUUUUGGCUUAAUGAAUAUCAUUUAUUCAGUAUGAAAUCUUUAUACUAUAUGUUCCACGUGUUAAGAAUAAAUGUACAUUAAAUCUUCGUAAGACA